CUCUUCCGGGAGAUCAUUUCCUUUUACGUUUUCUUAUUCUCUAUCUCCUUAGUGUUUCUUUUAUUUCCUUGUCUAUCUUCUGUAUCUUGGGUCUGGUUUUCUUUGGGUUUCCUAUUUCUUAUUAGUCUACAUCCACGCACGCCUAUAACGAUCAAGACUAUCUAAGAACUCAACAAAGAAACCACAUCGAUUUAACCUUGAUAACCAACAUUACUACCCCCUAUUCUUCAUCCAUCUUCCGACUCACAUCUAUCAAAAUGUAUACUUCGACGCUACUGGUAUCAUUUCUCGGCGCUUCGACCGUUAUUGCUGCCCCAACAUGGCCAUCGUUUAACUGGAACGCCGCUAAGCCAGACGGUCUCGAAACUGUUUCCGAGUACUUCAACAUGUUAGCAUCAAAAGUCGAAUUAGGGAAGUCCAUGACCGCCGCCCCGGUUUGUGAUCUAUCGAAGGCUCAAAUGGCAGCAGCUCCUACACCACUGCCACCUCCAUCUGCCGGUCUUACUCUAAAGCAUGUUGCCAUCGGCCGUGGGACGCAAAAUUACACCUGUGAUACGACCAACGCCACAGCCGUUCCCGCUGCUGUAGGAGCCGUUGCGACCCUUUUCAACGCUAGCUGUGUAGCCUCAACAUAUCCGGAUCUGCUCCAGAUCCUGCCGAAGCUUGCAUUACAAUUCAACCUCACGGCACAGGAAGACUCUCGCAUGGGCCCGACCGACCUUAUGAUCUCAGGCCACCAUUUCUUCACUGACAAUACAACCCCGUUCUUCAACCUCGACACGAAUCAGUACAACCUCGGCGAAGCCCCAUGCAGCAAGGCUAACCAGACGAACGCACCGGAUGAUGCACCCAGGGGUCAGCAAGGCGAGAAGGCCGUUACAUGGCUGAAGUUGAAGACGGAGAGUGGCUCUACGGGUAACUUGCAAGAGGUCUACCGGAUCAACACGGCGGGCGGCUCCCCACCGACGACAUGCCAAGGCCAACCGGCCGCAUUCGAGGUGCAAUAUUCCGCACAAUACUGGUUCUGGGAGGGUGAAUCUCAAUCAUGAGCAACACCAUCAUCUCUAAACUAAGUAAAAUUGUAUAAACAGGAAAAAUAGAGGGGCAUAGCAGUGCUCUGUAAUAAGGAGGCGGACAUUAUCAGUGUCAUCGCCUGCGCGUAUCAUGAUAGGAGACGCGGCAGGCAUCUUUAUGUGGAGGACACACCUCUGUCUCCCCCAGGGCGUUCGGGAUGGGCACUAUUCGGCGAGGAUACCAAGACGCAUGCACGUGUACGGAGAGACGGAGCUACGAGGAUAUCCAGUAUUACGAUUCAUAUCAUUUCUUCAUUUACCUCAUAUACUACUACUUAUUUCUAUCUUGUUAAUAUAUUUUUAAACUCGUUUUUUUAUUGUAUCUUAUUCAUAAUGACUUGCUGUGACAUGACAUAUUCUGUCUUAGUGCGACAUCGUACUUACUAGGUAUCCCAUCAUCUCAGCAUUCGCGACCGCAAAUUAUUCC